UGCCUCUCGCUGCCAUGUUCUCUCGGAUAUAUGCCAGAAACAUGGACUUUGACGAUAAAAAGUCGGAACAAGAACAUUUAAGAGAGUAUUCCAUAUCGUUCAAAGACUGCACUGAGAAGUGUCAGAAAGAUUGUGGUGUGUUUGGUUAUAAUGAUGGAUUGAAGAAGUGUCGGCUCCACAAGAAACUCCACAUGUCGUCAACAUCAGAGGAGGAGGGCUGGAGAUACUUUGAUUUUCUCGCUAAAGACUGUCAGGAUAUUCUUUAUCAAGGUCUCAAUAAUAGCGGCGUGUACGAUAUCUAUCCCUAUGGGAUCCGCUCCAUUCCUGUCAAGGUGUUUUGUGACAUGUCUACAAUGGGAGGGGGAUGGACGACAAUUCAAAAACGGAUGGAUGGAUCGUUGAGCUUUGACAGGAACUGGAUAAGAUAUAAAAUUGGGUUUGGUUCACCGGAAGCGGAAGUCUGGAUUGGAAAUGACGUCAUCCAUCAGUUAACAAAGGAAAAAACCUCAUCCCUUUAUGUGACCAUAACUCUCCAGAAUGGUACAACGCUGUAUGAAAUGUACGACCGAUUCUCUGUUUCCAACGAAGCAGGGAAAUAUCAACUAUUUCUUGCAGGAGCUGCCACGGGAACUUUAGGAGACAGCAUGAGAAGCCACGAUCUGUCUGGAAUGUCAUUUUCCACUUGGGACGGGGAUAACGACGGGUGGAGUGAUAUUAAGUGCUGCUUACAGUUACACUAG